AUAAUCUAGAACUCAUCGUAAUUUAGUUCACAACGAGCCGACUUCUGUACUGUUUCUGCGUAUUCUGGCUAUAAACUCCACUACCGAAUCUUUGCUCCAUCAGAAGCUGGAAAAUCGAGAACUGAUGCUGAGCCUUAUAUUUUCUUCAUUAUUCGUUGUUGUUUCAGCAGCAUUCUUGUUCAGAUUCCUCAAAGCUGAUGGGGAUCUAACGUUGCUGUCGAAGAAGCACGUGAAGCGCGAAGAAAUUGAGGAUAAGGUUAUAUGGAUUACUGGAGCCAGCCGCGGUAUUGGGGAAGUUCUUGCUAAACAACUUGCACAAUUGGGAGCAAAGCUCAUUAUCUCUGCUCGAAAUGAAGUGGAACUGCAACAUGUCAAGAAACAGCUAACUGGAAAACAUGCACCAGAUGAGGUGAUGAUUUUGCCUUUGGAUUUGACUUGGGGGGAGGAAUACCUGGGAGAAGCAGUACAGAAAGCAGAAUCAUUUUUUGGUGGUGCUGGUGUGGAUUACAUGUUCCAUAAUGCAGCAUUUGAGCGCCCAAAAUCAAUGGCAUUAGAUGUGGCAGAAGAAAGUCUUAAGGCAACAUUUGAUGUCAAUGUUCUGGGGCCAAUAUCUCUGACAAAACUCCUGUUACCUCACAUGUUGAAGCGGGGCAGAGGACAUUUUGUUGUGAUGAGCAGUGCUGCAGGCAAGGCGCCUGCACCAGGCCAGGCUGUGUACUCUGCCUCCAAAUUUGCUGUGAAUGGCUAUUUUCACACCCUUCGAUCUGAGCUUUGUCGAAGAGGGAUCAAGGUAACUGUUGUUUGUCCGGGGCCUGUGAAGACGUCAACUAGGACUGAAGCAAGCACGACAGAACAGAAAGGUUCUGGUGAGAAGCGAGUAUCAGCAGAGAGGUGUGCUGAGCUCACGAUAAUUGCUGCAAGCCAUGGUCUGAAGGAAGCUUGGAUAUCAUAUCAGCCCGUGCUUGCUGUCUUGUACCUGGUGCAGUAUAUGCCAACGGUUGGAUACUGGCUCAUGGAUAAGAUUGGGGAAAAGCGGGUAGUAGUUGCUGCUCAGAAGGGGAACACAUACUCAGUAGGCUUACUUUUCGGGAAAAAUAAGGAAUCAUGAAACCGAUAGAUGAUCGAUGAACACUGGAUUAAACUUUGAAGGAGAGAAGAAUAAGAACACAGCUCUUAAAAUGCAGGAAGGGACUAAAUGUAUUGUUCCCUUCUGUGCCCCUCGUUCUUUUUUGGGUGUUUAUGAACUUUCCCGCUCCUGUGCACCUGCCCUCAUGUAUUGCAGAAAAAUCAUGUCUAUUUUGUGGCAAUUUUGCUGGCCUUGGAUAACCUCCAAGUUACAGGCAAAUGUAAAAAUUGUGAUCCCAAGAAAUUUGCUCCAAUAUUUCAUAGUUUAGAUGAAUUUUUCAA